CAACAUCUUUGUUACGGAGACCUGGCAAAAGGACACAUGAACUUUGGAGCGGUUUUUUUCUAUGGAGCAAAAGCACAUUUUUUAAAGACGUAUAGACACCAACCUGUAUACUUUUUGUAAGGUGUUGCAGGUGUGUUGUUUGAAUAAGUGAGCUCUUCUUGUUCUGCUCGUAAAAAAUGUAUCUUAUGAAAGGCAUCUGCCCUCACAGUGGCAAUGGUGCCAAACAUCUCUCAUCACUUCUUCGCACUUGACCGGACCUGUGGACCUUGAUAUGGACAAUUCAAGAUUUUUAAACUGGAUUACUGAACAAAGUUUUGCUGUGAUGAUAGUUGAUUUAGAAAUCAUCACAAUUACAGCCGCUUUUAAACUGCUGUUUCAUCAUUUUAUCAUAAUCAGUGAUAACAGGACAAAGAGUUACCGGGCAAGUGGUUUUCAGAUAAUUCUCUUUACCUAAAAAUAGAUAUCUUUUCUGAGAAUAAUGGUGUAACCGUUCGAUAAGUCAUAGCCUCAGAGGUUUUCAUCUUUUCAUGCUAGCUCUGCUAAAAACGAUGCUCUCCAUAGACUCAACUAAUCAUCAAUUGUUGUAUCAUGCAUACAAAAGGACAACUGAAUCAAAUACACUGUAAUUGUGUGAAGGAAGAGUGGACUCAACACUAUCUCAGACAACUGUUGAUUCAGACACAUGUCUGAACAGUAACAUAGGCUGACUAACACUCCACGUGUGGCUCAUUGGAUACAUCUCAUCUAUGAUGGCAACAGCUAGGCGUUCGGGACCUGCAGGCCGAAGUCAAAUUCUUGACGCUCCUCAAUCCAUGUCUCAGUCCCCCACCAGUGCAGACCGCAAACUUCUUGAUAAAGUUUUCAAGAGACUGGAGAAACUGCAUAAACUGAGCACAGACCCCAGGCUGGGUCUAAAAAACAGUCCGCCAUUCCUUCCCGAGCUGGUGUCGGAGACCGCCACCCUCCUGACAGAAGUAUGGGCUCCUUACAGGGGGUCAAUGAUGGCCGUGCCCCGAGGGGACGAGGGUGAAUAUCUGAGGAUCCAUAUUCGCCACAUGCUGGACAAGACAGAUAGAGCUGUGCUGCUGUUUAAAGAUGGCAAGGAGAAGAUGUUUGAAGAAACAUCAAGCUACAGGAGAAAUCUUACUAAGUUGUCACUUCUGUUCAGCCACAUGUUGAAUGAACUACGAAAUAUGUUUCCUGGGGGCCGAUUUCAGGGUGAUACUUAUAGGGUUACAAAAACAGAGGCCAAAGAUUUCUGGAGGAAGGCUUUUGGACACAAAUGUAUAGUGCAGUGGAACAUUUUUAAACAGCAGCUGAGGAGGGUUCAUUACUUCGAAGAGGGAAUGGAGUCCAUGGCUUUGAAGUCCACAGUUGAUCUCACUUGUAACGAUCACAUAUCCAUCUUUGAGUUUGAUAUUUUCACCAGGCUUUUUCAGCCCUGGUCAACUCUGUUAAGGAACUGGAAUCAUUUAGCAGUAACUCAUCCUGGAUACAUGGCGUUUCUCACCUACGACCAGGUCAGGGUCCGACUGGAGCACUACAGACAUCGUCCUGGCAGCUACAUCUUUCGUCUCAGUUGCACACAAAUGGGUCAGUGGGCCGUUGGUCAUGUGACCAGUGAUGGCAGCAUUGUGCAAACCAUUCCCCAGAAUACACCUCUCUACCAAGCACUCAUACAAGGUUUCAGGGAGGGCUGCUACUUAUACCCUGAUGGGCGCGACGUGAACCCUGACCUCACCAGCCUGUGCAGUCCGGCUCACAAGGGUCGAGUCAAAGUCACAGAGGAGCAGUAUGAAUUAUACUGUGAGAUUGGCAGCACAUUUCAGCUCUGUAAAAUCUGCACAGAACGAGACAAGGACACUCGCAUUCAGCCAUGCGGGCAUCUGCUGUGUCAGCCCUGCUUGACUGGCUGGCAGAAGUCAGAUGGACACACGUGCCCCUACUGCCGCUGUGAUAUCAGAGGCACGGAGUCCAUCCUCAUUGAGCCCUACCUGCCAGUGAGAGACGGGAGGCCAGAGGAGAAUGAGGAAGACGAUGAAGAUGAAGAUGAGGAUCAUGAGGAUGUGGAGCUGGUAAUGAAAAAACUGGCUUGUAUGAAAAAGAUAUCACAGGAGGAGUAUCAAGUUCCCCGUGCCACUCAGUUACCUCCUCCCCUUCCUCCCAAAAGAAAUUCACUUUCCCCGUGUCCCUCUCCCAAACCACCCUCCAGAUCCUUUGGCACAGGCACACGGGUCAGCCAGUCUAGUUUGAAAGUCAAACACAGUUCCUGGUCAGAAAACAUGCUAAGACAAACUUCCUCAGAUAGAAGCGAGGAACUUUUGGAAGACUUCCGUCCCUCCUCUUUGCCAUGUGGUAGACACAGUGGAGUGCCCUGGGAAGGGCCUUCAGAAACUGUUAAAAGGAAGAGGAGAGAGAAAAGAAGGGACAGGGAAGAAGAAGAGAGUGAGAGAGGUGUGGUGGAUUCAGCAUCUCUCUCAGGAAGACACUGUCAUGGGGAGACCCAAGAAAACACUUCAUCCUGACAGCAAAGUUUAAUCUUAGACUUCAGACUGUAAAAUAUAUUAGCAAGACAAAGGAAUCGUGCGAUAUCAUCAACACUGGACAACCAAAAUUAUUCAAAUGACUUAAUAUUUACCAGAUUAAGAAUGUUAGCUUGAUUGAUCUUUGCAUUGACAAAGCAGAAAACACAUCUUAAUGCUUACAGAUUUUAAGACAUUUUAAAUCCUACCUCAUGCCAACUAAAUGUUUAGCGAAAAGGCACUGUUGUAGCCUAAUAGAUCGCAUUGAAUAAAGAAUUUAAGAUAAAACAAACAACA